GCUUGGGGCAUGUGAUUAGUCCGCCGCCUGCUCUACACGCGGGGCCUGCGGUAGAGGUAUCAUGCCUGUGGGAUAGGAGAGCUUGUUGCCUCCCACGUCUCUCCCCACCACACACACGUGCGCGCGCGGGCGCGGGGCGAGAGCAUGGCGACAGCUGCGCGAGAGCAGAAAGAGCUGCUGGCUCUGAUGCACCAGCAGUUGAUCCAGCUGGGUUAUGAGAGCGCAGCCAAGGAGUUGCUGGAGCAGAGCGGCCAGAAGUCUUUCCCAUCAUCUCAUAUUUCUCUGAAAGAGAUCAUCACUCAGUGGAAAAAGACUGUCUCACAAAUUCCAAAACAAAAGACCGUAGAAACCAAGAGAGGCACUCCAGUAAAGCUCAGAAUUUCUGACCCCAAGAGCAGCUCUGAGAGCUCAGAAGAGGAGGAGGAAGCAGCACAAAUCAUAAAAACUAAUCUGCAUGUGAAUAACGGUACCAAGCCAACAAAGACAGUAACUAAAGAAGAGAGUAGCAGCGAAGAUUCAGAUUCAGAAUCAUCUUCGGAAGAGGAAGCAGUUGCCAAAAAAACUGAGAAAAGUCCUGUGGCUGGAAAAAAAUUGGCUGACCAAAAUACUAAUUCUGUCCCAGGAAAGGGGGUGACCGUUGCUGCUGCCCAAGCAAAAGGAGAGCAGGACAAAUCUGCUUCAAAUAAGACCCCGCCUCCAUCUGUGAGAAAAGCAGGGCCAAAUAAAGGCCUUUCUAGUAAAGCAGGACCUUCUUCGGAGUCACUUAUUUCAGGAGGACAAAAAACAACACAGACCACAAAGACAGCAGAGAGUUCCAAUAGCAGCAGCAGCAGCGGCAGCUCAUCUGAGAGUGAGGAGGAAACAACGUUGACCACAGUAAAAGCCCCACCUUCCAAACCAACUUUAAAGAAGGCGACGAGCACAAGCAAGGAGUCGAGUGAUGAUUCUGACUCUGAGGACGGGACAAAAGCACCAACAGUCCAAAUUAAAGCAGCUGUGCAAAAUUCCCCGAUCAAUAGUCCACUGCUGAACAAGUCACCAGUCACUCCUGGCUCUUGUGCAAGAAAUGCAGUAAAGGUAAUCGCAGCAAAGCAAGCCAGUGCAAAAUCUGGAAGUGCAAACAGAAGCCCGGAAUCAACAGACACUUCAGAAACUACUGACUCAUCGGAUAGUGAGACUAAAGCACCUGCUUCAGUAUCACAGGCCGCCAAAGCAACAGCAAAAAAUGCAGCAUCAAGCCCAUUAAAGAAGGCAGUUUCUGCUUCUGUUCCAUCAAAAUCCACCCAGAAGUCACCCGCAACCAUCUUAUCAAAGCCACCGCCUCCUUCAAAAGAAGCCAAGAGCUCAGACAGCAGCGACUCAUCAUCUGAGAGUGACGACGAGACUCCGCCGGUUCCCAUAAGUCAGAAGGCCUCCAAAGCACCAGGGAAAAAUGCAGCAUCAAGCCCAUUAAAGAAGGCAGUUUCUGCUUCUGUUCCAUCAAAAUCCACCCAGAAGUCUCCCGCAACCAUCUUAUCAAAGCCACCGCCUCCUUCAAAAGAAGCCCAGAGCUCAGACAGCAGCAACUCAUCAUCUGAAAGUGACAGUGAGAUUUCGCCGGUUCCCAUAAGUCAGAAGGGUUUAUCAACUCCACGUCCUUCAGUGAGGACCAGUCAAAAUCAGGCCAAUCAGCCUGGGAUCCUACCCAAAGCUGCACCAGGUGUUUUGAAGAAGAAAGAAGCCCAGAAUGAAAGCAGCACCUCGUCUGACAGUGAGGAUGAAACUGACCUUACACCAUCCAAAUUGCCAGCUCCAUCUAUCCCCAAAGCAACUCGUGCAGCUCAAAGUGUAUGUACAGUGAAGCCCCAGCCUCCAAAGGGACCACAUCAGAAAGCCCAGCAGAGCGAAGAUAGUAGUGAAGAUUCAAGUGAUGACUCUGACUCUGAGGAAGAUAAAGUGGCCACUCAGAAACCAGCUCAGGUAACACGUCAACCUGCUACAAGUCCUGUGAAAAGCGUGACAGCCAAGAAUGCAGGGCUCACAUCAAGCAAACCUCAGCCAGCAGGGAAAGGGGGGACAGCCUCAACAAAAGCAGGAACUGUCCCUGUUCCAAAAGCUUCUGAGAGCUCAGAAAGCAGCAGCUCUGAUUCUUCAGAUAGCAAAGAAGCUGAGAAGCCAGCAAAGCAGCCUCCUAUUCACCCUUUUUUUAAGCUGGUGGCUGGCAAAGUAGCCAUUCCUUCAGGAAAGGAUGUACAGACCAACUUAAAUACAUCCGGUGCUGCUUCCAACAAACCCCGGAGAUCUGCCACAAAAGCAACAGGGAAGGAAGAACAGAUUCCCUCCCCAAAGGUUAAACAGAGCCAAGGACAGGCUCUGACUGCUAAGUCCUCUGGAAUCACUAUACAUAAGGAGAGCUCCUCGGACAGUUCCUCAGACAGCAGUGAGGAAGAAGCAGAAGCUUCGACAACAGCCAAGCAUCAGACCCAGCCUGCCACCCAGCAGAAACAAGAGCCAAAAAAAGAGUCAGAGAGCUCAUCUGAGGAGUCCAGUGAUGAAGAACAAGAAGCUUCUCAGUCUCUUUUAACGGGGCUACCAGGUCCUCACAAGAUCCAGGCAUCCACUGUGGCAGCAAGUCCUCUGCUCUCCAAGCAGGGUUCUGUCACUGCUCAAGCAAAGUCAUCUGGGAAGCCAGCUCCUGCUGACAGCACCUCAUCAGCUGAUAGCUCUUCAAGCGAUAGCGACGCUGAGGAAACAUCGAAAACAGAGAUCAUCUCAUUGCCUUCUUCUGGAAAGGAAGCAGCAGCUGCUAAGGGAAAGGGGGCAAGGAAACAAGGGCUGCAGAGCACCAACUCCAAGCCGACCCCAGCAAAGAAAGCUGCAGCAAAGGCUCAGAGCAAUGGCCAAGCCCAAGAGACAUCUGCAGCAAAGUUGCCAGAAUCACUUACCCCAUCGUUCAAAGCUUUCUUUGGGAACAAACAGCAGGACACGGAACAAGAAACCCCAGAAAAUGCCCAGGCUAGCCCCGUGGCAAAGGCCAAGACAUCGAAAAAUGGAAAGAAAGAAAAACCAUCCAAGAAACGGAAACUGGCAGAUGGGGACACUGGCCCUUCAAAGGGCAAGAAGCGUAAAAUGCAGAGCGCGGAAGAGUUAAAGCUAAAAAAGAAGAAAAAGAAAUCCAAGGCUUCAGACAGCAUCAAAUCAACAAAGAAAAAAGACAGCAAAGAAAAGAAGUCUGAUAAAAAGAAAAAGAAGAACAAAAAUGUGGAGAAACUUGAUGCAGAUGGGUCACAGAAGAAAAAAAAGAAAAAGAAGAAAACGGAUAACCCUCAAGAGGCAUGAACAUUGGCUUUGUAAUUCAACCUGAAGAAUGGAAGUACAUUAAUUAGAAAGGAAUUAUUCAUUUAUAUUUUUUAAACAACAAAACCAAAUGUCAGAGAUUGAAUUUAAUUUAUAACUAUUUUUACUGAUGACUUUUAAAGCUAAGAAACUGUGUGCUUCAAGUGACCUGGAUACGGGCUUGAUAGAAGGAUACAACUUGUAUCAUUAAGUGAAACGAUCUGUCUGAAGAGAUCUCUCAGAAGAAGCAUGUGCAGAGACAAAAAGUUGGUUUUAUUUACUGAAGAAUUUUUAAAAUGCUGUUUCUCUUUGCUUUCUUCCCUUUCCUCGACACUUAAGAAUUCUAUUUUUAAAGGAACACCUCAUCCCUUCCCUCCUGCUAUUUUUCUUUAAUCAACUUUUUAUUUUCAUUUUCAAGAAGGAACAACCUUGGUCUCUCUUUAUGUCCAACAGGUACAAAAUUGUGUUGUCUCUGAAUUGUCUUUCUGUCUCAUCCUUCCUCUUUUUAUUAAUAAAAAAGAUUUUGACUGAGAAAA